AUGGCGCCCAUCACUACCGCGAGCAAUGAAGAAACCCACGCCGCGCUGCUCGACAGCCUGGACAUGCACAAGAUCCACAAACCCUUCCGCAACCCCAACUGGCGACCAGCGCAGCGCCGAAACAAGAACCUCAAGCAGAUCCUCUCCGAAGCGCAGCGCACGCAGCAGAGCAUGAUCAACACGCAGCAGAACUCUGGCGCGAGUACACCUCUACCAGCAACAGACGGCAGCACGACACCGACAUUGCAUCCCAACCCUGCACAGGCGAGCCAGGACUUGAGCAGGCUGGUUCUGGAGAAGAAUAUGAAGCAGCAGCAGAACGGCGCGCAAGGAGGAGCUACGACGCCGGGAGGACUGGCCGUUCCUGGCGCGGGGCCGAGUGUGACCUACACCAGUAUUGCUGCGGCGCCGUCGUUGAAGCCGAAGAAGAAGUACUGCGAUAUCACUGGGCUGCCAGCAAAGUACAGAGACCCGAAGACAGGGCUCAACUACGUCAACGCCGAAGUCUAUACGGUUAUCAAGGGCUUGACGACGGGACAGGUGCAGGAGUAUCUGGCGGCGAGAGGAGCCAAUACGGUCUUGAAGGAGGUUCUGGGGUAUCUUUCAGGCUAA